CGCUCUCCUCCAGCCGCCGGUUCGGGCAGCAUGAGGCGCGCGGCGCUCUGGCUGUGGCUCUGCGCGAUGGCGCUGCGCCUGCAGCCGGCCCUCCCGCACAGUGUGCCCGUAAACAUGCCCCCCGAAGAUCAGGACAGCUCUGGGGAUGACAAUGACAACUUCUCUGGCUCGGGUGCAGGUGCUUUGCCGGAUAUCAGUUCAUCACAGACGCCCUCCACCUGGAAGGACCUGGGGCCCGUGACGACCACAGCCACGGCUCCAGAGCCCACCAGCCCAGAUGCCAUUGCCACCUCCACCACCAUCCUGCCAACUGGAGAGCAGCCUGAGGGGGGUGGGGCGGUGCUCCUGGCAGAGGUGGAGCCUGGCCUUACCGCCCAGGAGAAGGAGGCCACCCACCCACCCAGUGAGACCACGCUGCACCCAACCACUCACAGCGUGUCCACAGCCAGAGCCACCAUGGCCCCGGGACCCGCCACCUCCCAUCCCCACAGGGACGUGCAGCCCGACCACCGUGAGACCUCGGCUCCCGCAGGCCGGGGCCGUCUGGAGCCGCACACGCCCCACACGGAGGAUGGAGGUCCUCCUGCCACUGAGAAGGCGGCUGAGGAGGACCCCUCCACCCAGAUCCCAGUGGGAGAGGGCUCUGGGGAGCAGGACUUCACCUUUGACUUGUCCGGGGAGAAUGCAGCCGGGGCCAACGCAGCCGGGGCUGCAGUGGAACCUGGCUCACGGAACGUAGCCCCGGGGGAUCCUGAGGCCACAGGGGCUACCGGGGCCUCGCAGGGCCUUCUGGACCGGAAGGAAGUGCUGGGAGGGGUCAUUGCUGGAGGCCUCGUGGGGCUCAUCUUUGCCGUGUGCCUGGUGGGUUUCAUGCUGUACCGGAUGAAGAAGAAGGACGAAGGCAGCUACUCCUUGGAGGAGCCAAAACAAGCCAACGGCGGGGCCUACCAGAAGCCCACUAAGCAGGAGGAGUUCUACGCCUGAUGGGGGGGGACACCUCUCCCCUCCCCCUGCCACUUGCUAGACACCCCCCACUCGCCUCUUCUGUGAAGAACUGCAGACCUGCAUCCCUGCCACCAUGCCACCUCCCUGGAGCGCCCAGCCCCGCUGGCAUCUCCCCUUGCCCACGGAGUCCUGGGCCCGCCGGGGAGGGGACCUCGCCUCUGCUUCUCUGACUUCUGCCUGGAGACUUGGGCACAAGGGCUUUUUCGCGAACGACUGACCUUUCCACCGCAGGCGGCACCUGGCAUCCCGCCACGCUGACUCAGUUUCUCCAAGCUGAAGCAGGCCCAGCUCUGGAGAGAAGGGGACCCCACUGCUUUGGACAAAGAUGCUGUGGCUGAGGGUGGGCACGUCUGUAGCACUUACUGGUAGACACCAGCAGGCCUGGGGGCGUGUCCCGCCGAGUAGCAGGGCCAGGAGGUCAGGGCUCCGUCAGAAUUCACUUUGUUUCGUGGGGAGGUCUAACUUAGAUGUCAACUUGUUUUUGCACAUGUUUUUCCUCUAGUUUCUUUGUUCAUAGCCCAGUAGGCUUUGUUACUUCUGAGCUAAGUUAAGUAAAUCAAUUUGGUUAUUCCCUAUCUUUCUUCCCUAAUCUACAGUCAGGAGACAGCAUCAGGGUUAUUAAGAAGACUUUUUCUUUUUUUUUUUUGACUAGGAGAACCAAAUCCAGGAGCCAAUGUCUAGGUUUAGGUUGUAUGUUGUCUGAGUUUCUCACUCACGUGUGCAACAGGGUAUGGAAUGUCUGUUGGGUGGCCUCAUUGGUGGGCUGGCCCAUCCUGGCUCCCAUGGGUGGUCACCUCUUGGAGCAGUCCUGCCUGUGUCCAUGAACUUGGGGCCAGGACCAUGGCCUGGGUGACUACAAUAUGGGGAGGCCCCUGUAAAAUUGAAUCCUGGUGUCUCAGGCUGGGGAGGAUCAAGGAGAGACGACUGUAGGGUGGCAAAGAUGGCGCUGGGCCCAGAGAAUCUCCCAUAGACCAAGCCCUUCCUCUAAUGCCAUCUCUUGGGGACACUUUCUCCUCUAAAGUGACAAGAGACGUCUUGGGCGCA